GGAUCUUUUAUAUGCGGUGUCACAUAUUCGGCGCAGUGCUUUAACAUUUUUAAAUUUUGUUUAAUAAAUUCGCAGCCUGGCAACUCUACAAUUCUACAAGCACAACAAUAACAAACACAUUUGAUUGUUGUUUUCAGUUCAAUGAUAAUUUCCCGUUCGAUUUGAUGCUCUUUUAUUGUGUAACAUUAAAUAAAAAGUUUGUGGCAAACGAAAAGAAAAUAUAUUAAAUAAAAGAAAGGAUGAACCAAAGAAUAUGGAGCACAAUUAGAACUAAAAAUUCAUUGCGUUUAAUUGCUAGUAAAAUUCUGAAAAUUGAACAUGUAUGCCCACAAAUAGUGGUUCGUCGCUAUGAAGGUACAUUGAGCGAUAGAAGUGGAGGCAGUGUUCCAAGAGCAACACACACUUUGCCAAUUAUUAGUUGCCAACAAGAUUUUGAAUUGAAACUACCAACCUUUAUUAAUGCAGACUGCCAACUUGCUUUAUUUUUCGAUUAUGAUGGUACUUUGGCGUCCAUAGCUGAUCAUCCAAAGAAUACAAAUCUUAGUGAAGAUGUUCAGAAUCUACUCAACAAAAUCGUUAAAUGUCAGAAAAUUCGUCUUGCCAUCAUUACAGGACGAUUAGUUGAUGACAUACAAAAUAAAGUUAAUUUUAAGGAUAGGAGUAUCGAUUAUGCAGGAAACCAUGGACUUGAAAUACAAACUCGAGAUGGUUCACGUCAUGAUUAUGAACUGUCAAUCGAAACGCAAGAAGUAUACAAACACCUAAUAGAAGAAUUGAAUAAAAAAUGCUCUAUAAAUAAUGCUUGGAUCGAGGACAAACGGGUCUCUUUGACUUAUCAUUUCAAAAAUACACCAGCGAAUCUAAAGGAAAAACAAAGACAAUUAGCAAAAGAAAUAAUCGAAUCAUACGGUUACACAGUGACCAGUGCUCAUGAUGGUUUAGAAGGAAGACCUCCAGUUAAAUGGAAUAAAGGUAGUGCGGCACUCUUCCUUUUGGAACAUUGUUAUGGAAGUAAUUGGGCUAAGAAUAUUAAAGUAAUAUAUGCUGGCGAUGACUUUUCAGAUGAAGACGCAAUGAAGGCUCUGAAAUGUGUUGCAAAAACAUUUAGAAUAUCAUCAGAUCCCAGUAUUCAAACAGCUGCAGAUUUCAUAUUACCAUCACAGGAAGUUGUUGUUGAUUUGUUGAAGUGGAUAAUUAAAAUUUAUAAACUUUAAUUUUUUAUACGAGUCAACUAUAAAUU